AUGCCUGGCACAGUCCCUGAAGAUGAAUCGAUGAUCGAUGCACAACUGGUUGAAGACCAAGAUGCAGAGCAAAAUGAAGAAUUUGAGGAAGAGGACGAGGAAGCUGAAUUUAUUGCUGAUGACCACCAGAGGAUAACUAUCCUUCCUGGUGCCGUUGAGACAGCUGCCUCAUUCCAGUUUGAAGGCGAGGAUCACACGCUUGGGAAUGCACUACGAUAUGUUAUUAUGAAAAACCCUGAUGUGGAAUUUUGCGGAUAUACGAUGCCUCACCCAUCGGAAGCUAAGAUGAAUUUAAGAAUACAAACUUAUGACUCGACCAAUGUCUUUACCGUAUUGGAGAAAGGGCUCAGUGACUUGAUGGAUCUGUGUGAUGUAGUUACGGAAAAAUUUACUCUUUCAAGGGACAAUUUCGAAGCUAGCAAAAUGCAAGAAUGA